ACAAACGAAAAGUUGAUACAGUUUCAAUUUAGACUUCGCGAGCGAUGCAGUGAAUAAGAAUUAAUCAGGCCAAAGUUCAGUGAAUAUAAAGCAAACGACCCUUAAUAAGCUUUUCCAUAUUUUUUCCAUCUACUAAAAAAUCCCACAUAUACAAAAAGCAAAGAGAAGACAAAUUAUCAAACUCUUGGAAAACUGUUUAAAAAAUUAUUGGUUUCAAAAUCGCUAAUAAAUGAAAAACGAUCCAAAAAAACACCAAUCGAAAACAAUCAAAUACCGUUAAAUUUUUAAUGCUAAAAAGUUAAAAUAAGAAUUGAAAACCCAUUGAAAACUAGGUUUUGCUUACGUCUGCAGCAGUGAAAUCGAUUUUCCGAAGACAUAAGAUAGAAUUUUUGAAACAACAAGGGGGCGCAACAACGACUACGACUAAGACUACGACGACGGGGAAGACAUCGACUACGGCACGGCACGGCGUCGACAAAACGAUAAGAAAAAGUGAGACGAGUAGAGGUUGAUACUUAUAAACGAUAUGGCCGGCCAUAUGGUUUAUCAAUAUUGUGAUAAAAAUUAAUUUUGUUCAACGACUUAAAGGACACUUUUGUGCAAUUUCAACAAUCGCCAUCGCCAUCGCCAGCGCCACCAGGCCAAAGCUAGACAAGAUGGCUCUGUGUGUGGCUUCGGCCAUACCCAUUUUUGGGCUAGGUCUCCAUCUGCUGCUGCUCGCCAACCACCUGGCGUUUUGCGAAAUGUCGGUGUACCCAGCCUUCCGUAUAUUCUCAGGACUGCGUCGCAAGCCAUCAGCCCAAGCCCUACAGCAGCAAUUUGAUAUUUCCCCAGAUUUUUUAGCUCAAUUGAUGGAAGAUAACGCUCGCCGAAGGCUCCAACAACAAUUCGAACAGCAAUUGGAACUUAUCAAUUUGCAAAUGAAUCACCAUCGCCAACAACAAUACGGAGGACCAAAUCCCAUACAAUAUGACAAUCAGAAUGAUGAUGUUGAAUUUACUUAUAAAUUUGCACCAAACACAAAUAACGAUGGAACUCAAAAUGAGGAACGUAUUCCGUUUGCAGUAGAUCCUUCAGAUCCAAGGUUUUACGAAGAAGGUCCUAAAAUGUCUGAUGAUCUUUCAUCUUUCUAUGACGAAGAUGAAGAACAACAACAGCAGCAGCAACAACAGCAAGUGAAACAAGUUCCAGUCCAAGAACCGAAACAAAAUACCGAUGUUAAUUUCCAUCGAGUUAAGCCUCCAGUUGAUUUGACACCAAUGAAACCCGUACAGAAUUUGGCCUCGAAUGGGCGUGGUCGGGACGAUAUAAACGCUUUGAUUGAUAAGCUUCAAAAGGAGGGAAAAGCUGGUGCUAUUGUUAAUUCUCAAAUUAACGGACAUGACGAGCAUGUCGUUGUCCGGCAGCAUAUGGGCAUCGAAGGUGACAUGGGAAUGUACGUUGUUGCGCUGAUUGCCGGAGUAAGUGCAGCCGUGACUGUCGGACUGAUUGCCUUGGGCAUUGCAUGGUACACUCUGCAGAAAAAAACUAAAGCCGCUGCAGACGUGGAAUAUCCAGCGUAUGGAGUAACCGGGCCUAAUAAAGACAUUUCACCAUCUGGUGAUCGAAGGCUCGCCCAGAGUGCCCAAAUGUAUCACUAUCAGCAUCAGAAGCAGCAGAUCAUAGCAAUGGAAAAUCGUCAAGCCGCCGAGGGUCAUGGUGGAUUGUCGGACGUUGAGAGUGACGAUGACAACGAGGAGGGUGAUUAUACUGUUUACGAGUGUCCUGGCUUAGCCCCGACUGGCGAAAUGGAAGUUAAAAAUCCUCUUUUCUUAGAUGACACCCCAGUUACUCCAAUAACUGCUGGUAAUCAAACACAAACUCCAUCAUCACAACAAUCACCCCAAAAACAACCUCCAUCACGUAAAACAUCAAAAUCAUCAUCAUCCAAUCAUCCAGGUGUUACAUCAUCGUCAUCAUCAUCUGCACCUCCAACAGCUUCAUCUGAAAACCCUGCAGUUGCUCCAACAGCUGGUGGUGAUAAGAAAAAUGACGGAAAGUAAUUUCUUCGUAAAAAUUCAACAAAAGAAUUAAUAACUUUUCGUUUUGUUUAGAUAAAUAAUAAUUUAUAGUUUUAAUUUGUUUUUAAAAUGUAUUUUUUAAUUUUUAAAAUAAAUGUCUUGGAACAAGAUUAAAACAAAAGAAAACAAAAUAUUAAAUCAGAUCUUCCUACUGUUAAAAGUGUCAAAAAUCUAAAUGUUAUUGUUUAGAAUUUAGUUUUUCAAAUUUUGUUUUUUAAUAAUAUAAUUGUUUUUUAUUUAUUUUUAUCCAGCCUUAGUGCUUAAAAAAAUAAAAUUCUUCACAUAUGGAUUGUUAACACAAUGAAAAAGAAUAACUAAGCUUAUGUAUUUGAACGUAUGUAGAUAUAAUAUUAUAUAAAUAUGAGAAAACAAAAAUCCAAGUCAAUUUAUAAUUUUUCAAUUAUGUACUAAAAACUAAAGAGAAAACAUAUUUAAAAAAAAGAAGCACUUUUAAUUCUUAGUGUUUUUUUAUUUUUCAUUUUCUUUUUGUUUGAUAUGGAAACACCACACAAACAAACCACACUAUUCGUUAGUGCAAGUUUGACAGUGUCCUGUCAAAUUUGUCACCCUCAAAAUGUCUGUGGUGAGUUCUUAAACAGAUUGAGGUGAGUUCCUAUAUAACAAACGUACUGGAACGCACUCCAAACUAUACAACUUAUGCAACUAUAUCCGAGCCUAGAGAUAUGUCUAUUUAUAAAAAUUAUUUAUUUUUCUUCCAAUAUUUUUGGUUGAAAGCUAGUUCUAAAAAAACAACAAAAAUGCAGAAAGUAUUUUACUUUUUAUUAUUUGCACAUAUUUUCAACUCUAAAACUUAUAUUAUUAAAUUUAAUUUAAAAAAAACGAACUGCUGGUUAACAAAAGAGAAAAAAAACUUGUUUAUAAAAUGAAAAUAAUAUGGAAAAAUAAACCAUGACUUGUCGUUGGUAAAAGUAUAUAUAUACAUAUAUUUUAUUUGAAUGAGAAAAUCUAUAUUUAAAGUUAAAACUUAAAAAUUAUAUAAAUUAUUAAAGAAACAAAAAAUGAAGAAAAAAAAAACAAAAUAAAUAUAUUAUAUAUUUUCUUAAUCGUAUAUUUAUGUACCUAUUAAUUGUAUAAAUCAGAAAAAAAUCAUAACAUCUAUUAUACUAUAAACAAAAAUUUAUUAACUUAAACAAAAAACAAAAACAUUUAUUAAUCUUUUUAAUACUACCAACCAAAAAAAAAAAAAAAACAUAAACAAAAAAAUAAAAUUUAAUACUAUAUCGGUGGGAAUACAUUUUUGUGUUAGGCUAUGUGGUUAUUUGAUGUAAUUUGGAAUCUGAAAAACAAAAACUUUGUAAAAUAUUCGCUAAAAUUUAUUUAUAAAUUAAAUUUUAAAUUAUAAAAUCCCUGUCUAUUAAAUUUUUAACAAAACCAAAAACGUACUUAGUCACAAAAUAUGCUGGUUCGGUGUUUUUGUUUGAGUCUCUAUCUUAUGCAACGGACGACAUGUGAAAAAGAAAAAUUAAAUUUCAUGAAAAUGAUACCAAUUUAUAAAUUAGAAAAAUCACAAAAUAAAGAAGUUUAAAUAACAAAAAAUAAAAAAAAUAUAAACUGAAUUUAUGAACACAAUUUGACUGAAAAUAUUUUACAUUAAAAUUAAUUAAAAUAAAGCAAAACAAAAAUGAUGAAUUAUAACCUACUGUUUCAAUUAACAUUUUUAAAAAAGCAAAAUGCAAGCAUUUCAUCCAUCAAUCAAUUAUUUUCAAAAAAAAACAACCAAACAUUUAAAAACAAAAAACGUUAAAAUUCAAUUUUUUCGCAAAAUUUGCAUUAAAAUGUUAUCUUCUACAACCAAUCACAGAAUAUAUCUAACAAAUUAAUAGAAAUUAAAAUUUGAUUAAUUAAAAAACAAACAAAACACAAUUUACAAUCAAUUUAUUAUGACUUUAGACAAAAACAAAAAAAUAUUAAAAUAAAGGACAUACAACAAAAUAUAAACUAAAUUCAAGAAAAAAACAAACAUUUGUUGCUCCUGGUGGUGAAUAUGAUUGAUGAUAUUUUGUACAAAUCUCUGAUUCAAAAAUAUGUAAAAAUUCAGAUCCAUGUUUACAGAAAUCUACGUAUUUUCACAAAAAAUAA